UUUACGGUCACAAUGAGUACUGGCCCGAGGGGUCAACGAUUCCAUCCAGAGACGCUGGAUUUCCGUGCUCUUCCCGCCGAUUGCUUUGCCGCCAUCAUCUCCUUAACCAAUCCUCUCGAUGCCUGCAGAUUGUCCCUAGUUUGCCCCUUUCUCAACUCUGUCGCCAGUUCCGACGCCGUUUGGGUUAAGUUUUGCCGGCCGACUAUCAGAAUUUGGUUCCCGGGUCGCGCUUCGUUUCUUCCUCGAAGGACCUUUAUCUCAGUCUCUGCGAUCAUCCUGUACUCAUUGAAAAUGGCAAAAAGAGCUUUUCACUGCACAAAAGGAGUGGGAAGAAAUGUUACAUGCUGGCUGCUAGGGACCUCGCAAUUACAUGGGAUGAUACUCGUUAUUGGAGUUGGAACUCCAUACAAGAUUCCAGGUUUCCUGAGGGUGCAGAGCUUCUCGGUGUUUGUUGGUUUGAAAUCGAUGGGAGGAUCAGUACUUGCAAGCUUUCUUCAAUGGCACAUUAUAAGGCAUACCUUGAGUUCAAACUGGCAGCUGGAUUUUAUGGAUUUACAAAUGAACCCGUAGAAGCUACUGUCCGACUUAGUGGAACUGAAGGUUCACAGCGAACUGUGUUUCUGCAUGCAGAAGAUGAAGAUAUACAAAAUGAUUACCAGUACCCAGUAGAGAGGGGAGAUGGUUGGCCAGAGCUAGGUGAAGAUGUACAAAAUGAUUACCGGUACCCAGUAGAGAGGGGAGAUGGUUGGCUAGAGCUAGAGUUGGGUGAAUACUUCAAUGAAGGAGGUGAAGAUGGCCAAUUGGAAAUACGAAUUUUCCAUUUCGAUGGUAGCUGGAAAAGUGGUGUCAUUAUUGAAGGCAUCGAAAUCAGGCCAAAUUAGCAGGACAUGAUAAGAUCUUCUUCCACCUUGUGUAUUUUGUGUGGGAAAACAUUGCUCCUCGUGUUAAAUUGGGAUUGUCAUGCACUAGUCUUCAUAAAUAUAUGAGUUCUACUGUUAUCCGGAUGCGGUCUGUGAAUCUUUAUUUGAACAAUGUAUACUAAUCUGUAAGGUUAAUUACUAGUUUUGAUUUGAUUUAAGGAAAAGCACUUUUAGGACUU